UCCUCAUGCAUGAGGGCUAGGGAGCAGUAAAAGGAGUAAAUAGGUUCUUCUUUGUUUUAUUGAUUCCCCAAGCCUGUUAUCAACAUUUCCUCCCCUUUUUGUAGACCGUAAGAGGCCCAAUAGGUUUCUGGACCUUACAAAGCCUGCUGAAAAGGAGCUAUAUUCCUGUGCACUUCCUAACAUCUGAAGAACAGUAGCCAUGAUUCUAAAGACUACUGAGGUUCUGAUGGGUAAUGAAAAACAUACUGUUCAGAUUGCUUCUCAUCAGGAAGAUAGUGAACCAACACUACAAGACAUGGCUCUGCUUAUUGAACAAGUCACUGGGGUUCCAGUUCCUUUUCAGAAACUGAUAUGCAAAGGAAAGUCCCUGAAGGAAAUGGAACAGCCAUUAUCAUCACUUGGAGUUAAAAAUGGUUGUAAAGUUAUGCUGAUUGGGAAAAGGAAUAGUCCAGAGGAAGAGGCGGAAUUAAAAAAAUUUAAAGAUUUGGAGAAGUCAGUGGACCAAAUUGCUAACAAAUUGGAGGAAGUUAAUAAAGAGUUCACAGGCAUCCAAAAGGGCUUUCUAGCAAAAGAUCUUCAAGCUGAAGCUCUUAACCACCUGGACAAAAGGAUAAAAGGAACUGCUGAGCAGUUCAUGAAGAUCCUGGAACAGAUAGAUGCCAUUUUGGACAACGUAUUCCUGGAGAGGAGACGUAAACUGACUGAGAAUCUGCCGGAGAAUUUCAGUGAUUGCAAACUGAAAAAGAAGGGGUUGGUGAAAAAAGUUCAGGGUUUUCUUGCCCAGUGUGACACAGUUGAAGGAAGUAUUGGUCAAGAAAUGGAUAAGCUACAAUCAAAGAACUUGGCACUGGCAGAAUGAGGCAUCUCUCAAUAAAUAGGAGAAAUAAUUGCUCUGUGAGCAAGAAGAAAAGUUUGCUCUUUGUUUUGGAGCACAUAUUCAGCUUCUUUUUUUCUUUAAAGCCCAGUCUGUUUAGACUGGUACUAGUCAAUCAUUACUUGCUGGUUGUCACAUUUACCACUCACUCAAAGUUGUUCUUUUCAAAAGAAAACAAUCCUUCCUGAAGAAAUACAGAAAUGUCUUUGUGGUGGAUGGUUAUGCAUGUUUUAGUUAACUAAAUACUAUAGUACAUUAUCCAAUUCCAAGAGGUGGGCAACUUUGGACCACUAUUUUCUUUUUACAAGGACACUAUUGUUAAAUUGUUCAUUUUUCUCUACUCUCUCAUUUUCUCACAUUAUAUCAUCAAAAUUAUUUUCAGCUCAAAAGACAAGUUUGGAAAACCAUACAAGUGAUAUAGGUUGCAUCUGUAGGACUUUAACUUGACUGAAAAAGCCAGGUUGAUACAAUAGUUGCGACAUCUAGCAUUCUAGUAGAACAUUUAGAGCAAUAAAUAGUAUCACACAUCUAUACCUACUUAACACUUGUAUGUGUUCAUAAAUAUAGGAAAACUUGACUACAGUGGAAGUUGUAACUAUUUCAGCCUUAAACUGUCUGAAUAAAUGGAACGUACUGUAAAAUGUAUGGUACUUAAUUUAACUAGUGUUUAAAUUUCAGUGAACACCUUGGCACUUUUUUUCGUUAUACAUAUUUCUGAUAUACUGUGUAUAGAGCAUGUAUAUGUUUUCUGUGGUAUACUCUCCCUUUGAGUAAUGGUGUGAAAUGGAACUGGAUAAUUCAUACUGCUUAGACAGGAAGUGGUCAGUCCAGUCAAGCUCUGAGAAUGGAGAUAUUUUAUCAUAGUAUUUUUUGACUAUGCGUUUCACUGAGUUGCUGUAUUUUACAGAAAAUUGCAAUUGAUAAUGUCUAUUCCCUUGAGAAUUAGUGGAUGAAUAUUUAUUAAUCUAUCAUGUGUAUUACAAAGUGAAAUUUCAAAACAGAGGUUUAAAAAUGUCCUGCCAUUGUUAGCAUCUUCAUAAUGAGAGCUGCCAUUUCACUACUACUUCUACUAGGAAAGCAUUCAUCAAUAAGCACUUGAUCUGGUGGCAAGCCGAGGACCCUCAACUUACGUUAGACUCUGUGGAAGUUAGGGGUGUUCUUGAUUGCUUGCCAGAUAAGUGCAUGAGAAUCUCUGUGUUUUUAUAGUUGUUUUAAGGUAAGUUCUCUUUAUCAGAAAAAAAAAUUGAAAAUGUAAGUGUUUGAUCAUAUUUCAAUACAGUUAAAUAAUUUCUAAUAAAAUAAUGGACCUCAAAAUAGUGGCAGUCCUCCAGCAUUUCUCCUGCAGUCAUAAUCAGAGAACUUCCAGUGUCACAAUCUGGUAUCAGAUAGGCAAUAUGGUAGCUCUGUUGCUUUUUAAAAAUUAGUAGUUUUUGUUGUAAAGAAAGUUUUAAAAAAUUAGAUGUUAUAUUAUACCAAAUAUAACUAGAUGAGGUGACCAUAUUUUCAGUAAAAUUGCACUUUUCUGUUAAAUUGCAGUAUUCCUUUAAAGUUGUAAUAGUUUUCAAUAUUACACCCAAUGGUCAUGGUCUAUAAAAGUCUGCAGUAGCCUGAAACUUGACAAACAAGCUCUUGGCUUAAAAUGAAUGUAUUUUGUUUCUCAUUACAAAUCUUUAGGAAGAGCUGUUUUUAAGAUAGGAAGUAAUUAUAUUCAUGAUUAGGAAUGUGAUGCCAGCUUUCAGCGUGAGCCCUGUGGUCAUGCUAUGUUUGCCUGGAACUGCAGUACUAUUGAGAGGAGCAGAGUUAUAUCCAUUCCAGUGAUAGCCCCAGUUCAGGGCAGCAAAUACUGCUUCUGGGCCAGAUCCUGAUACCAUUUAAUCCAAUGGCAAAACUCUCACUGAAUUCAGUGGGUGCAGGAUCAGCCUCUUAUCAAGCGAGGAAUUAGUCCUCACCUGCUCUAAACAUUUUUUUUACAUUUAGUAAACUUUCAGGAGUGUGUGUAGCAUAGAAGGGUUUCCCUGUGAACAGAGCUGGGCAGGGUAGGUUAGAUAUAACUGCUGCUCCUUAGUAGUUCUUUAAUCUGG